AUGGCUUCUAACAACGAUGACCAAGAAUUGGAAAAAAACAAUAUACAAAGAAAUGAAGGCAGUGUGAAACGGCCAGUUCCUGCUGGUGGAAAACCCAAACCAAAGAUUGCCAAGAAACCAUCAGUUUCAAGUAAACCACCUAAACUGCCAUCACAGAACAGUGUUGAUUUAGUAAGGGGAAGUAACUCCCCAGAUAAUGUAUUCAGUCCUCAAUUGCACAAGUGCACACAAGCAGCAAGUCAGCUUCCCAAAGAGCACACCUCCUAUGACCCUUCCUUACGGAAUCUUACUAUCCCAGCAGAGUCUGAGACCACAUCCUCUCCUUCUGCACAACACAGCACCUCAGGUUUCAAUGAUGUCAGUGAUUGUGCAGAUCAAUUGCUUUCGAAGAAAGUAGAUCCAGUCUUGCAAGGAAAUUCAAAGGAAUCAUCAACUAAUGGGGUGUGUUUAACAACACCACAAGUCCAAGGUUGUGACCUAAGUUUACAAUAUAAGGUGAACAAUCCCAAUCAAGAAACAUGUUUAAGUCCAGCUGGUAGCAAUUACGUGUUGGAAAAUGGAGAACCAGUUGAUGUACAAAAGUCAGCAAGAAGUUCAAGAAAACCUCCUUCAGUUUCACCGAAACCGAGGAAAACUUCACUUACACCUGAGAGUAAACAAUCCCCUUGUAGUACUGAGCACAAUGGGAUGGACAUCUCUCCGAAGUCUGAGAAUGAGCAAUAUGCCAAUUCUCAACAGGAACAGCACAAGAGCUUGUCUAAUAGUGUUUUAUCUAAAGUGUCCAUUUUUUCAGAACAGAUUAAUCAGCAGCGGUCAUCACAGGUUCCACCUGUCCAUUGCUGGUCAGGUCAAGUGGAUAAGACCAACUCUUUCAGUGAAAAACAGUUGAAAAACAAGACGGGUGUUUCAAGAAGUUUAACAGUCAGUUCAUUGGAGAAAAGAACAGUGAUCACACAAUCCAACACAACAGAUGGUGAGUUGUUACCUAGAGAGGUGGAAUCACCUGUUAAAGACGAUAAAUCAAACAUACAACGAUCCCAAUCAACAGUUACCAUGAGGCCGAAACCUACGCCAAGGGUCUCACCAAAGGGAGGUAAGCCGGUUCCUGUUCCGAGAAAAAGGUUGUCUUUGGGGAGAAAAAUGGCAGAGGAAGGAAUAACCAAAGAUAGUGAUUCUUGUAAUACAUUAUCAGUGUCAUCAUCUAUGACAUCGGUGACACCAUUAACGUCGUCUAUGACAUCGGUGACAUCAUUAACGUCAUCUAUGACAUCAGUGACAUCAUUAACGUCGUCUAUGACGUCACAAGUGACAUCAUCAAAUCAAAACGAAGAAUCCAGUAAUGACACCAAUGACCUCCCACUUGAGAUAGAAUCUGAUCAAUCCGAUGCGAACAGUAAAGAUGGAAGUAUAAUAUCUAUGGACACCACAACCCCACCCCAACCCCCACUUAUUCCCCCAAAACAAAAUACAGAAGAAGUAAAAAAUAGGUAUGUAAAUCUCAACAAAUCUGACGAUGAUACAUCAUCGUUGUUGAAUGACAUUGAAAAAAUUAUAAAUGAAGCAUUUGAUGUAUCUCCAAAACCUAGGGCAGUGUCUUUGGAUACCUCCCCAUCGCGACCACCUCGCAGAAAAAGACAGUGCUGCAAUCCUGACGCCACGGAGUACAACAGUGAUUCUGAGUUUACUGUGUUAAGGAAAGACUCUCACAAAGGAUCCACACAGUCACUGAAUGCCUUAGAGAUCAGCUCUUCAAACAGAAAACCCUGUCCACCAAAACCAGUUCGCAAGAAGCUGAUUAACGGUAAAAACAAUCGAAGUCAGUCUGACCUCGGUGAUAUUCACCAGUUUGUUCUGAUGAAGGAGACUGGAAUGAAAUUGAACCAUGAAGUUAAAGUGGAUACUGUGCGUGAUCGUAGUACUGUCCCGCAAAUGAGAGAUAAAUCUAAUAUUCAGAUUGUAUCAAAUCGUGGUAACAGUUGUAUUCUAACACCAGAUACAAGAGUUCCUCCUAAUCAGGAAGCCAUUAUUCGUGAAAAGCUUAAGGAGAGGUCAAAAAGUCUUCCUUCUUCGCGUAAAAAGUCUCGCCCUAAACGUCCUGCUCCCCCACCACCUCUGCCAGGGACUAAUCUACUGCCUAGUGCUGAUAUGAAUCUCGCAUCAGUGAAUUCACCUGAUGAAGAUCAGGAGAAUCCAUAUUUUGAAAUAAAAGACCUACCUAAAACUGAUAAAGUAAAGACAUAUUUACCUCCAGAACUUCCUCCUAGAAAUGAAACAUACCCAAGAAAGUUGUCAGCCCCACAGGUUUCUCCUGUGUCUUCUACAUGUCUGGAGCGCCCUAUGAGUAUCAUCAGUAAUCAGUCUGACAGUGGAUCCAUUAGCCAAGGUAGUCCAGCCCAAGGCAGCAGCUCUUCAGAUGAGGAAAACCUUGAUCAGGAUACAAGGAAAGAACAGAAGAGAUUAAAAAAGAUACGAUUCAUUGCAAGUGAAAUUGCUUCGUCAGAAAGAGUUUUUGUGGAUGUACUGAAGCUACUGAACAUUGAUUUCCGACUUCAUAUUUCAAAGGCAGAAGAAGAGGCAGGGAAAACCAUUGUACCAAAAGAAUACAUAGACAAGAUCCUCAGUCACCUUCCACAGCUACAGAACUUCAACGAGGACCUGUUGAAGGAUAUGGAAUCUCGUAUUGAAAAAUGGGACGAGUCCCCACAAAUCUCCGACAUCUUCAUUAAAAAAGGACCUUUUUUGAAAUUGUACACAUCCUACAUACAAGAUUUCAGUGAUAUGACUGCCAUUCUGGAUGAGGCUCUCAAGAAGUUACCACAGUUUAAGAGUGUGGUCAAAGAAUUUGAGACAAGUCCGAGGUGUGCUUGUCUUUCCAUACGACAACAUAUGUUAAAGCCUAUCCAGAGAAUACCACAGUACAAACUCCUAUUACAAGAUUAUUUGAAACAUCUCACAACAGAUUCUCCAGAUUAUGAAAACACAAAAAGUGCCAUUGUCAUUGUGAGUACAGUAGCUGAUCAUGCAAAUGACAGUAUGAAGCAAGGAGACCAUGUUCAGAGAAUGUUGGAGAUUCAGAAAUCCUUGGAUGGCAACUUCGAAGUGAUAAAACCAGGCCGAUUGUUUAUCAAGGCUGGAGAACUGAUGAAGUUGUCAAGGAAAGAAAUGCAGGCGAGGAUGUUUUUCCUUUUCAAUGAUGUAUUGUUGAUUACCACACCAACAGCUACUGGAGGGUACAGACUUAACCAGGUGCUCACUCUCACUGGUAUGAAGGUGUACAUGUCUACCCAUGAUGAAUUCAGUAACGAGUUUAAUAUCAUUAGCACCCAGAAGUCUUUCACAGUUGAGGCAAAGACAAAAGCAGACAAAAAUGCAUGGAUAGACACGCUCAAUCAAGCAGUGAAAGAAAACACAGAGAAGCGAAACACCUUUGAGAAAAUGCAGGUAAAUAUGUACAGCCUGUGAUGUAUUGAUUACGGUGUGCCCGAUUGUGACUUUAAAAAGGGUGAGAAGGCCCCAGUGUGGAUUCCUGACUCUCGUGUUACCAUGUGUAUGAUGUGUACGUCGGAAUUCUCUGUGAUUCACAGGCGACAUCACUGUCGGGCGUGUGGCAAGGUUUUGUGUUCCUACUGUUCAAUGAACAAAGUUCCAUUGAAGUACCUUAAGGACAAAUUGGGACGCGUGUGUAAAGAAUGUUACGAUGAACUGAAUCCAGAUGACGUUGAUGAUGAAGAUGUAGAAAUACUAUAUCACCAGAAGUCGCCUUUUGGUUUCAUUAAAGGGAAAUUGUUUCGGAAAAGCAAUAACAAACCAUCUCGACCAAAGAGAUACCUCGAGGUUCACGCCAAUGAUCAGGAUUCACAGAUGUGUGGUUAUCUCAGAGUUCUACAGAAGGGAAAGUGGAAAAAGUUCUGGCACCUCCUCAAAGACAAAGUCUUGUACACCUACGGAGCUAGAGAGGACACAGCUGCAGUAGAAAUAAAGCCAGUUGUUGGAUACGAGGUCGCGGGGUUUAAUGAGAUAUAUGAUGGUAUUCACCAAUCAGUGCUUUUCCAGUUAAAACAUCAGAACCAGAAACCCAUAAUCUUCCAAGGAGAUAACGCUUCCAUCACAGAAAGGUGGAUUAAAGUGAUGAAAGAAGCAUCUGUACCCUGA